AUGCCCCACUUAAGCUCGUUGGUAACGGCAGCACUGCUGUUGACGACAUCCUCCGGCGCCGAAACACCGAAACGCGGCCUCGCUGCCAAUGACGGCAUUCCCAUCAACAACUUUUGGGGAAUUUUUAAAGGCCACAAGUCCCAGAUUACCUGGCAAUACAACUGGGAUAGCACAACAAACCAAAAACAGCCCUUUGCCGAAUUCGUACCCAUGCUCUGGGGCACCCAGAGCUAUCACACUCAGCAAUGGCAUUACAACGCUCGCUACUGGAUGCAGCGAGGAACCCAGCAUUUACUGGGCUUCAACGAGCCCGACCGUCCAGACCAGGCAAACAUGUCCCCCGAAGCGGCAGUAACAGCAUGGAAGACGUAUAUGGAGCCGUAUGCAGGCCAAGUAAAGCUUGGCGCACCGGCAAUCUCGAAUGCCGGCUACGACUGGCUGAGCGAGUUUCUCAACCAAUGCCAAGGCUGUCAUAUUGACUUCAUCCCUGUCCAUUGGUACAACGAUCAUACCCUGGAGUUUGACCUGGAGAACUGGGUCAACAAGGUCUGCCAAUUGGGCAGGGGCCGUCAAAUUUGGAUCACAGAGUUUCAAGGAUUCGGGUCUCCCGCUCAGCAGGGCGAAUUUUUGAAGAGGGCCAUGCCGUUUUUGGAUAAAACUGCUUGUGUUGCGCGGUACGCGUACUUUGGCACUGCGAUGAACUCUCAGGUUCUUCUCCAGAAUGGUGGCCCAGCCCUUUCACCUCUCGGAACGCAGUAUGCUUUCAGUCCCUACGGGUAUGGGACAGUUUGA